AUGGACACCCAGGAUAUGGACCGCCAGGAUUUGGACCAUCAGGAUAUGGACCACCAGGACAUGGACCACCAGGACCAGCACCACCUGGACAACAAGGAUAUGCAGCGCCGGAGCAAGGAGCAUACAGACAAGGCGGAGGCCUACCUUGGCACGAACGGCCCAGCAACGCCUGGACCACCCCAAGGUUACGUGGCUCUUCAGCAGCAAGCAGCAGCGGCAGUGGCAGCCCCGGCCGCGCCAGCAAUGCCCGCUCCAACGCCGCAGGAGGUACCCAAUCAAGCUGCUGAGGGCGGCGACGCCGCGAUGGUCGACCGAGCCCAGGGCCAUGCUGUCAAGGGGAGUAAUCUCCAGAGUGCCUAUGUCGAGGACGACGGUGAGGAGAGCGUCUACCACUACAAUUCAUCUGCCGAGGAAGCUGCCGAGGAUCACGAUGACUCUGAAGAUGAUUACGAGAUUGUCGUCCAACCCCACGAUUCAUCUGUCGAUGGACACAGCGCGGAAAUUCCCCACAAGGCCCGCAAUACAGCUGUCGGAGGCCACGAUACCGAGAUUAUCCAUCAACUCGAGGGCAACGAUGGCGAGGGCAACGAUGGCGACACAAUCGAGGUCGCUACUUCCCCAGGUCACAGACGCUCUACCAGAAGCCGGGUUUCCGCUGGUCGUGUUACUCGCAAACCUGGCGUCAGUCGAGGCGGCAAGCUGGUUGGCAAGCGUGCUGGCGGCAGGGGAAGCGACAAAAAAAGAUCAAAGGAUGAGGACAGAGCAACCGCCUUUGGCAUCGUCUAA